AAAGAGAAAGCCUCUUUUAAAAGAAUAAUAAUAAUAAUAAUAAUAAUAAUAAUCUAACAAUAAGAAGAAAACUGAACAACAUUGAUUGCAAUACCAUUGCAUUCCCCAACUAAUCAAGGAGUCUUAUGAGAUCCUUAUGAGAUCCUGCCUUUAUGUAUCCUGUGCAUCCAAAUCUCUUAAUUUGGACCAAUGCCCUUUAAAUUUAAUUUGUCCUCAGUCCUCUGUGUUGUCCUCACGAUCUCCAGCAAGGAAGCAAGAACCUGCCUGUGUUUGAGAGGUUUGCAAAACAAGAGUAUUGAUCAUUGAUUCAUUGAUGGAUGGAUUGAUGAGUUUGUGUGGAAUCACUGCAGAAGGAAGAGAGAACCCGGUCUGCCAGGGGAAGGAGCGACUUCAGCAGCAAAAUCGAGAAACAAGUGGCUUUGCUGGAUUUGAACCAAAGAUCUAUCCAAGCAGAAAACAUGCAAGAAGAUCAUGGCAGUGUCAUCUCAUUGGGAGACAAUACACAUGAAUGCCUCUACACAGGAGACAAUCUCCAUUACUGCUCUGUCUACAGUAAAAGCUUCGGUGACAAACCAAGUAGAAUAAACUGUGAGAGACCUAACUUGGCUGAAAAACGAUAUAAGUGCUCUGACUGUGGAAAAAGUUUCAAGAAAAAAUCAGCCCUUCUCACCCAUGACAGAACCCACACUGGAGAAAAACCAUAUAAAUGUACAGACUGUGGGAACAGUUUCAGUAACAAAUCGAGCCUUACAAGACAUAAGAGGAAGCACACAGGAGAAAAGCCUUUUUGUUGUCUGAACUGUGGGAAAAGGUUCAGUCAGAGCUCCAGCCUGAUCAGGCACAUGAGAAACCACACAGGCCUGAGACCGUAUAUAUGCUCAGACUGUGGGAAGAGCUUCAAGCAGAGUUCCAGCCUUCUCGUUCAUGGGAGAACCCACACAGGAGAGACGCCAUAUAGCUGCUCAAUCUGUGGGAAACGUUUCUCCCAAAGUUCAAACCUUGUGAAACAUGAGAGAAUCCACACUGGGGAAAAGCCUUAUAGGUGCCCGGACUGUGGGAACACUUUCAGUAACAAAUCCAGCCUCACAAGACAUAAAAGGAACCAUACAGGCCAGAAACCCUAUAAAUGUUUGCACUGUGGUAAAAAGUUUAAGCAGAGUUCUGGUCUCCUUAAACAUGAGAGAAUCCACAGGCAGCAGGGCCUCACAAAAUAUUCUGAUUCUGGCAAAUGCUUUGAUCCAAAUCUUAGCCUGAAGGCGCAUGAGAGAACCCACAUAGGAAAGUCUGUGUAAAUUACUCAGUAAGAAAAGAUGAGACCCCCUUUCAAAAAGAAUCAAGUGUAUUGAAGAUGAAACUACGGAAGUGCUUGGUUUGUGAGGAAGCAAGGCCUGCACAAUUGGUGACUGUGAUUUGCCAGCUACUUGACAAAGGUCUUGUUGUUUCUUGAUGGCAACAAUGGGACGUUUUAUUGGACAAGUGCUGUGUCGUGUUUGGCUUGGCAGGCAAGACAUUCUGCGGGGCUGGUAGGGAAGGAUUUCACAGCUGAACCUCCUUGUACAUGCACUGAAUGGCCUCAAGAGAGGGACUAUUGUGAACGUGUUCCAAGGACAACCAGGCUUUCUUUGAAAAUAUAGUUUUUACACAUGGGAUGUGGAAAAGGAAGAGGGUGGAACCUAUGCUAGAGUAAGCCCUAUCAUUAAACAGAGUGAUGUGGCCACCCCAGAUAGUGGAUGAUGGGUGGUGUCAAGGGUAGCUCUAGAUGCCACAUAACCUGUCCUGCAUCUCCUAAGCUAGCAUGCCAUCCUCAGUGUGUUGGAGGAUGCUCUCCUAUCACCAGAGUUAGGUUAAGCUGCCAGUCUGGUUCGCUUCUGAACAUGGAGGCCCAAGGCACCAUUUUGUGCUUUGCUUCAUGCAACAAAACCCCUUGGGCUGGUGGUGUCUAUCUGGUGAAAGUGUUGAGAUGGCUUACUGGAUGCGAAGGAGAAAUAGCAUCUCAGGUGCAAAUGGUUUUAUUACAAAGAAUACUUGGCUGCAUUUUGGUUAAGGGAUAUUUGUAUAGACAGCAACUAGGGCUGUUAAGGCUGUGGGACUGGAACAAUAUACAGCCAUUAAUAAUUUUAAACAGGACAUCAAGUAAAUAAAUGCAAAAAUUAUAUAUGUACAUAUGGGUCAUAUCAACUCAUAUAUGAUGAAACAUCUGUGAAAAUUGAUACCGUAAAAGCAAGCAGAGCCGCACACGUGUAAAACAGGUGAUCUCAAUGUACCUACAAAACUAUAGGAAAACCAGCAUGCAGGGAUUUAAGUGUCUCCAAAUUUUAUGAAGGGCAACUGAGCUUAGUACUUUUCACCACUUAUUGGUCCAGAUCCUGAUUUAGGCAUUUGGGACAGAAUUUUUAAAAGUUCACAAAAUGAAUAAAUAGCCUUAAAAUUGUAUAGCCUACUAAGAGGCUCAUAGGUUGAAUUUUCAUUUUGAUUACACCUUUUGGACCAGUUUAAAAAAAGAGAAAUCCUAAUUUUUAUCAGCUACUUCAUGGGGAGGAACUACCAAUCACUCCUUCUAUGUUUCACCAACUUUCUCUGUUUCCACACUGGAAGCAGAGAAACCAAGCAAGCUGACAAAGAUGAAACAGUGUUAUCCAUCCUUUUUUUUUUGUUGGUGGAAACCUUCCUCACAUUUGGAGACCAGUUAGGAUAUUAAAUAAAUACAAGGCUGCAUUUAGGAGAUUUCAUCAGCGCCCUAUUCAAAUAUAUUCUUAGUUUUAUAGUAAUCAGGAAUAUUAGUGAUCCUUUGCUGAAUUCAUAAAUUUAAUAACAUCUUUGGCUAUCAGUGAAAUCAUUUCCCAUUGAUAGCAGUUCAAGUUAUUAAAUUAAAGAACACUUUAACUUGUUUUAAAAGCAUUUAAUCACAGUUGUAUGCAUGCUUACUUCCCACCAUGUGGAUUUCAGUAAGCAUACAUAGGGUCUGGGCUACUCAAAUCUAUUUCUUACUGUAUCAUAUCCUAAUCUACUUCUAGCUGUAAUCUUAUUUUUAAAUUUAAGUGUUAGGGGUAUUUCUUUUCCUCUGAGUGAUUUUAUCAUUAUGUGUCAGGUGCCUCAGUGAUUUAGAGGCUUUUUCUUGCGUGUGUGAAUGCUGGUUCAGGUCAUAACCCUUGUAUAGUCUUGCUAUGUGCAAGCCUUAGUUGCCCAUCUUUAAAAUCGAAGUUUUCUGGCAUCACUUGCAAGGUUGUUGUGAGGUUGAAAAUAAAAUAAAGAUUACUCUUGUGGAGUUA